AUGGCCUCCCUGUUCAAGAAGAAGACGGUGGACGACAUAAUAAAGGAGCAGAAUAAGGAGUUAAGAGGCACUCAGAGGGCUAUAACCCGAGAUCGAGCAGCUUUGGAGAAACAGGAAAAACAGCUGGAAAUGGAAAUAAAAAAAAUGGCGAAGGCAGGAAACAAAGAUGCCUGCCGGAUACUGGCAAAGCAAUUAGUACAGCUCCGUAAGCAGAAAACACGAACCUAUGCUGUGAGUUCCAAAGUCACAUCCAUGUCGACGCAGACCAAAGUCAUGAGCUCCCAGAUGAAGAUGGCCGUGCAAUGUCUACCACAGCUAAGACCAUGCAAGCAGUAAACAAGAAGAUGGAUCCACAGAAAACCCUUCAAACGAUGCAAAAUUUCCAGAAAGAAAAUAUGAAAAUGGAAAUGACAGAAGAAAUGAUAAAUGACACAUUGGAUGAUAUUUUUGAUGCCUCAGAUGAUGAAGAAGAAAGCCAGGACAUUGUGAAUCAGGUUCUAGAUGAAAUUGGAAUCGAAAUCUCAGGAAAAAUGGCAAACGCUCCAUCAGCCGCCAAAGGCCUUCCCUCCGCAGCCUCAUCCAAAACAUCAACCAUAUCUGAUGAAGAGAUUGAGCGCCAACUCAAGGCUUUAGGAGUAGAUUAA